GUAUUUGGGGAUUUGUGUUUCUGAGUUUGCUGCUCAUUCCAUUUUACUACAUCCCUGCGGGUCAACUGAGUACGUUACCCGAACACCGCUUGGAAGACGCAAUCGAUGCCUUUUAUCAGAUGUCCAAUAAUCCACAGUUGAUCUUAGCGGUGCUCGGCAACAUGGUUAGCAUCGCAUUCUUCAACUUUGCUGGAAUCAGCGUGACGAAAGAAAUGAGUGCCACCACGCGUAUGGUACUUGACAGCGUCCGGACGCUGGUUAUUUGGGUCUUCACAAUUGCAGUUGGAUGGGAAUCAUUCCUACCAUUGAAAAUCCUUGGAUUUGUUCUGUUACUCAAUGGACAGUGUAUUUACAAUCAAAUUAUCUGCGCACCAUUAUUACGGAAAAAAGGCAUUUGCUUGCGUUUUGUUGACCCGACAGGGGAAGCCGGGAGGCAACCACUUAUAAUUCAAGGAGAUGAUGUUGAUGAUGAUGAUGAUGUUCAUAUCAAACAUUCAGUAAAUGCGUAA